UCGCCACCCACCAACCGAAAGAGAGCGAGAGGACAUUAGCGAGACAACGCGGGCUGCUCAUCCAAACAUAUGGCAAAAAUAGCCUUUUUUCUUUCUUAUAUCGUUGUGCCCACUACUCUUUAAAAAUUCCGCCGAAAAAGAGAAGACGAUUUUCCAAAACGUUCUGGCCGUUAUCUCACGGCUCCCCUUUCUCUGCACAGGUGUAUAACCGCUACCCAGAAGGCCUAGGGGCGGCCCUCUACCGGGAGCACUUUGACUUCAACGCUGAGCCGCCUUGGGAUCCUAGCUGAUAGCGGGACAGGUCCAUCUCCUGACUUGUCCAUUUUGUUGCAUACCGGCAGGACCCCAUUGGCUCAGUCGUGACCCCUUUGACUUGCUUACCUCUUCUUUAUGAUUGUCGGCUUAGCGGACUACGGUUGAGAUGAAAGGACUUGCUGACGUACCCAGCCAUAUUAUUGAACUCCUGGAGGGAGGAGUUACCCUUGAAGAUGUCAUUGAUGGACACAUCUGCGAGCAGGCUCUGGUGGAGAAAAGUGCGUUUGUGGUAGGUGACCUGGGUGCCCUGAUGCAGCAACAUGUACGCUGGCAGAACAUGGCACCACAGCUGCGACCUUACUACCCAGUCAAGUGCAACAGCAGCCCGGCUGUCAUCGAGGUGCUGGCCUCCUUAGGCCUUGGCUUCAUCUGCACUAACAAGGCUGAGGUGAGCCUGGUAUUGGAGCAUUGUGUGCCCCCAGAAAACAUCAUUCUGUCAGGGGUAUGCAAGCAGGUUGCCCACAUCAAGCAUGCUGCCAAGAACAAUAUCCAGCACCUUAUGUGUGAUAGCCAGGCUGAGUUGUGCAAGAUUGCCCGUGUACAUCCCGAUGCAAAGCUGCUAUUGCAGUUGACCACGGAGGCCCAUGCAGCUGAGACCAGUCUAGCAUUUGGUUGCUCCUUGAAGAGCAGCCGGCACCUGCUGGAGGUGGCAAGGGAGCUGGGGGUCCAGGUGGUGGGGGUCACCUUCCACAUCCCCCCUUCCUGCCAGGACCUACAGCAGGCCUAUACCCACGCACUGUCUGAUGCCCGCUGUGUCUUCGACAUGGGUGUGGAAUUAGGAUUCUGCAUGGAAAUAUUGGACAUUGGUUGUGGAUUUACUGGCUCAGAGUUUCAACUCAAACAGGUUGAGUGUGCAGUCAGACCACUGCUGAAUGCCUAUUUCCCCCCACUGUCUGGGGUGCAGGUGCUGGCCCAACCAGGCAGUUUCUAUGUGGCCUCUGCUUUCACUUUGGCUGUCAAUGUAAUUGGCAAGAAGGUUAUGACGUGCCACUGGGACAGUAUGGCUCAAGGUGGGCUUGAUGACAAUGAAGAGUCAGAGUACCUCUACUACAUGAACGAAGGCGUGUAUGGUUCAUUCAGUCACAAGCUGCUCGGGAACAGUAUCCCUGCUCCAUCUGUCCACAAGCGUGCGCUGCGGGCUGAAGAAGCAGUCUACCCCAGCAGCCUGUGGGGCCCGUCCCUGGACCAGCUGGACCAGGUGUUGGAGCGAUGCCUGCUGCCUGAGCUCAGUGUGGGAGACUGGCUGCUUUUCUCUAACAUGGGGGCCUGUGGCUUGGAAGAGCUUGGCUGCAUGGCCAGCACCCACAAGCCACCAAUCUACUACACUGUCUCCACCUCUGACUGGUACAAGAUGCAGGAGGCCGGGGUGGCACUGGACAGUACCAUGAAGAACUUCGCCAUGGUCCAGUACAGCAUGUAACCCAGUCCUCUGUCCCUGUACACCAGAUGACAUCACCCAGAUCCCCUUUCCUCUCCUCUCCCCCAUUGAGAGGAGAAGAAAGGGGUGUCAAGAUGGGCAAUGGGCUUAAUGUGGUUAACAUUCCAACCGCCUUGGAAAAUGCAGUGUGUCGCGGUUCUGCUUUUUGUUUUUUCCCUCAUUUUCCCAGGAAACAAAUGAUUGGUUGUUCCAUACCUCAAUAGUAGAAAGUUUUCUCUGGGGGGUAUUCUAAUUUUUGCUUUUCCCUCGGGUAGUUUCUAUCAAUUUGUCAGCCAGAAGAACACCAGGCCAUGCCCAAAUGUCAACAUUAUGCAACAAAAUGGACGACUCUGGAGAUGGAACCCCCACCAUUUAGGGGUUUUUUAUUUCCCUAAAUCAAAACCAGUUUACAUAAAUGUACAAUUUAGUUGAAUCUUGCUGUGUAUUGAUUACCUGUUGACAGUCUUGUAAAUCAAUUUUGUCUGUUCAACAUCAAUACAUUUUGUCUAUAGAUGAUUUGAAAGGUAUUCAUAGGAAUCGGUGCAUUCUAUGGUUUGUUUGCCUUGAUACCCUGCGUCACCUAGCAUAGUUAAAAUAAUGUAACAUGACAUGACCCAUAUCUUUACUGAAUUUCACGUUUGUUUGUUUUUUUUUUUAUUUAUUGGGUUUGAAGAACACUGGAGCAUGCUAAGCUCCAUUUCUCCCCAUGUACAUGUUGUGACCCACCUAACAGUAUUUCCUGAUAAGAUAUUGAUGUAUUUUUUAAUGAUACAUGGAUUGUGUACUGUACUGUGAUUGCCAUUUGUGACCUCAAUGUUUUUACUUUGCUCGAAAGGCAUGAAGGAAUUGUAGGAGCUUGAUAUUUUCCCUGUCCUGAGCAAUACCUUGUAUAUGGUGAAGCUGCACCUAGUGGCACUGAAAUAAAACCUAAUUAGAUACGAUCAGGUUUGGGCUGCAUAGUCUUUCGGACAUUGAGGUUUAGAUGGUACUGUAGAAGUUCAAGACAAUGUAUCCUUAGCUUUUCAGAUGAGCGCCAUGGGUGCCUUGGCAAGGGAUUAGUCAUGUUCCCCCUCAGUAUCCUUUUAAAGAUAGGCUAGGCCCUUCACCACCAGCAGACAAGGAUCCAAUUCAGGAGAAACGCGGGCAAACUGAAAUGCUUCAUAUGUGGCAGGUAUGAGUAACAAUCAGCUGCUAGUGGAACACAAUCCAGUUCGAUGUGAUGCAAAUCUUUUGUCUAGAGGAGUACACACACACGAGGCUUGUCUGUUUUUAUGUCGAGAGCAACUCUUCCUUAUGCCAAUCAAAAGUAAUUUUGAGGGUUCUAACAUGGGGUCUUUUUGUACAUCUAAACGUCUAAUUAUGAUUGGUGACCUGACUAAACGACUUUCUAAAAAAUCCUGCCCCAGUGUGUUGAGAACAAGUAAAGUAUUGUUAAUUACUUGCUGUCUAAGGCACUAAUGGACCAUAGCCUGCUUUGACUGUAAAUCGUGCUUGUUGAAGUAAUGGAAGUGAUUAAUUUAAUACAUCUGACUGAAAUUAUUUGUGCUGUGAAUGUGUCAUCUGUUACUUCUCCAUUUAGACACAAAGCUUGUCUUGGUGUUUUUUGUUUUUGUUUUUUUUGGAGAGGGCAUGGAAGUCUACAAUUUAACAAAAUUAGACCUCUUAAGCCAAACUAUUUUCUCCGAGUCUGAUACGAAUAGAUGUAAAACCAAAUCCAUAGGAUUGACUAGUGAGGCAAUCACCGACU